AUGCUAGGCUAUCUCCCCCUGUUCGCGUCGCUGGCUUCCGCCGCAACCCUGUAUGCCACCCACUACAGUGGCGCUGUUUACACCCUCUCCCUCACCCAUCGCAAUGGCAAGUACAAUCUGUCUCUCGCGUCGGACAUGACCACCUGCGGCGGCAUGCCGAGUUGGUUGACCCUGGACCGCGACACGACCACGAGCACUCUCUACUGCUCCGACGAGACAGGCGACGCGACGACAAAUGGCACUCUGACCUCUUACGCCGUCGGCAAAGAUGGAUCGCUCACGCAGCUCGCAAAGGUGGUUGACGUUGGUGGUGGCGUCCACAGCGUCGUGUACGAAGGAGAAGGCGGCGCAAAGUACAUCGCCAUUGCACAUUACUCCGGUUCGGCGGUAUCGACCUUUGCCCUCCCCCUCGAAUCUGGGGACGAGCCACUACAGAUCCUGCGCUACCAGACACCACCAGGCCCCCUUCCCCAGCAGGACUCCUCCCAUCCCCACCAGAUCAUCCUCGAUCCUACAGGCUCGUUCAUCCUCGUCCCUGACCUAGGCACUGAUCAGGUUCGCGUUUACGCAAUUGACAAGCAAUCGGGUCAACUAAACACCUGCCCCAGCCUCAACUACACCCCCGGCAGUGGACCGCGGCAUGGCCUUUUCUGGUCUUCCCACCACUCGCAUCGCGAUGGUCUGCGCAUCCAGAAAACUGCCGCCCUAACCGCCCCACACACAAUUCUGUAUACAGUCAGUGAAUUGAGCCGCCACUUCCACGCUUUCGCCGUCUCGUACCUCCCCUCUGGCUGUCUCGGCUUCCGAGAGACUCAGGAUUUCGUGCCAUACCCGGGCGGGGAAAUCACCGAGGGCGCAUCGCUGGCCGAGCUGCAGCAAGCCGGAUCAAACUUGUAUGCCUCGAUCCGCAGCGACCAUGCCUUCUCCGGCAAUGACUCAUUGGCCACCCUCAACCGCUCUCAGAACGGCACCGUGACCUUUCAGGAACUUACCUCUUCCUAUGGCCUGGUUCCCCGUACCUUUGUCAUCAACAGGGCCGGCACCCUGGUCGCUAUCGGGGACCAGUCCUCUUCCAAUGUUGCCAUUGUCUCCCGGGAUAGCGCGAGUGGAAAGCUGGGUGACCUGGUCGCUAACCUCCAGGUCGGAGAGCCCGGGAAGCCCGGGACUUCAACAGGCCUGAGCAGCGUCAUCUGGGCAGAGUAA